GCAAACUCUUUUUUUUUGUACAAAAAUCAUUGUUUUAGCAAUAAAAAUAAAUAAAUUUUGAUCAACAAUAUGUCGGAAACCAGUGAAACACCACCCUCUACACCGGGAUCUGGAGCAUUGAUAAAUUUCAAAACCCGCAAUCAUGCCAUGGAAACUUUUAAGAAACCCAGCUCACUGGGUGUUGUGAAAAAGAAAAAACCAAAAAUCUUAACCGAAGAGAAAUAUAUUGAAGAGAUCUCAAAAAUUAUACAACGUGAUUUCUUUCCAGAUCUAGAGAAAUUAAAAGCACAAAAUGAUUAUUUGGAUGCCAUGGAUCAAAAGGAUUAUGCGCGCAUGGAAUCCAUAAGAGCUAAAUAUAGUGGCAGAAAACCCACUGAACGAAAUAGAAGCAUGACACCCGAUACUUUCGAAACUCCUUCCAGCUUCGGCGAAAGAACACCCCGUAACAAUGAACCUUCGGAAACUUGCCGUUCUUCGGGAGCACAUUCGGUAGCCUCCUCAACCAAUUCCACAAGAAGUAGUACAAAAUCUGUUAGCGAUAAUCAUUCUCUAGAUUCUUUUCUCCAGUCCUAUACCAGUGAAGACAAUGACAGUUUCCAAAAAAUCGUAGAUACCGCCGAUGAAAAGUUGAGGCAAAAGUUUUCAGUUUAUUAUAAUGAGGAAGCAUUAUCGGUGGAAAAGUUGCAAAGGGCUUUAACAUUGCCCUCUAUAGAGCAGCAGUUUGAGGAGCCAGACCCCUUGCGUAAAAUCGAAACUUGGAGUUAUCAAAAUAAAAAUUCCAUCAUGUAUACACCAGAGGGCGUAGAAUUGACAGAGGUAGAAAAAAUCGACAUGGCCAAUAGAAGACAGGUCAUACAACACAAUGCCACACGGCUGCAUGUGAAUCUUUUUGAAGGUGUACAAAGACAAAAGACGGGCGAACAAAGUGCUGAAACUAUUGUCUCACUGGGCGACAGAGUGGAUGCGGAUGGCGCCAGUUUAAGUCAAACUAAUUUAGCUUCACAAUUGAAACGUUUUGAUUUAGUCAAGACACCCUCACCACGGCCAGGUGAGGCUUUUUCACCUCUAAUGACUUGGGGUGAAAUUGAGGGUACACCCUUUCGUUUAGAUGGUUCCGAUACACCAGUGCGCUCCAAUACAGGACCUUCUUUCAAAAUAAACGAAUCUUCUCGCCGAGAAACAAUUGCCUUAGCUUUAGCCGAAAAGGUAGGCGAAAAAAUAAGAGCCCAAAAACAAAAGGCUAUGGAUACGGCACGCCGUAAUAUUUCAUCGCCCUUUAUACGUUCAAAUAUGGAGAGAUUGGCCUCCAUGUCACCAGCUGCCAUAAACUUGGCCACCUCUAAACUAGGUUUGCGUACUACACCCACAAUGGUGACUCCCUCACCUAUACGCACACCCUCUUUACUAAAGGGUAAAACGAAAGCUCUUCCUACUAGGGCCCCCUCAACGACAAAAAGAAUCAUAUCGGCUACAUCGCCGGCUGUUAAAUCUAAAACUCCUAAUUUAAUGAAUAAUAAAUCUGGUACCAUAACAGAUGAUCUAUUACAAAUUCCUACAAAACGUCCCCGGGCGGCGGAUUUCUUUUAGAUUAUUUUACUUUAUAUUUAGUUAUGUGUAUGGAAUUAUAUUGAUAUUGAAAUACUGGAUCUAUUAGUGAAAUAAAAACUAUGCAAACAAGUCACAGUAAAAA